AUGGCGCAAGACAUGUUCAAGAGACGGAAGCUUGAUAUCGAUGGCCGCUGGCAAAACAAGACAAUUCUGAACUUAGCAGCCACAGAUCCCGCGAGCCCCGCGCCGCCAUCAUCAGAAUCUGGGUUCACAUCUUCAAGGAUCACAUCUUCCACACGUCCAUAUACGACGACUCGUCCAGACUCCCAAUCACGAGAGCCGGAUUUGACAUCUCUGGAGCGACCUCCCUCUCCAUACCAAUCCUUCCCUCCCAAUGCCGAGACCUCAAACCAAGAACGCAGCGUGCACACCGCGGAUGGCAAUGUUUGCCAGGCUGCCUCUCCAUCUGAGGAAGAUGACGGGUUUCCGCAGGUGUGUUUCGGCAUGUUUGUCGUUGCAAACUUGAGACCGUCAGCGCGACAUUAUCUCGAUACCUCUCAAGAUUGCUUUCCUGUUGAGGUACACUCUGGACAGAUAUACGAAGCACAUGAUGCUACGGAAUUUCCACAGAGUGGAGAGACGCGAUUAAGAAUUGCUCAGAUUACCUGCAACCGGACAACAGAUGUAUUGCAACACCUGCAAAAUGGUCGUGAUAUAGCGCUGGAAUAUUACUGUCGCGCCGUUCAAUCCCAGUCGCAACGCACGAGGAAGAAACCUGCGCAAACCAAGGAGUAUGAACUCCUGGUAAAUGUCUUUGGCAAUGAAAACUUCGGCGAAGAAUUUGGCGUGUUCUUCGACAAGCUUGCCAUAUACCUCCAGGACCCUGUCAUCUGCCACCGCAAUGUGCCCUACCGAAACCCCCAACUCCUCUCUCAGGACGACGACCUGGUCAUGACCAGAUCUCUGAGGCCGAGGACUAACAUCGAGACUUUCAGCGCUCCUGCGGAUGUGUUUGAUACACUGUUGCACACGGAUGGACUUCCGGAAGCUGAGUGUCCUGCAAUGCUGCGCACGCGCUUGCUUGCACACCAGAGACAGGCUCUAUUCUUUAUGCGUAGGAACGAAGGUACUUCCUGCGUUGGCGACUCUCCGCACCAGAUGUGGACCGAGAAAAGAACUUGGACUACUGAAUACACAAAUGUGAUCACUGGCGAACGACAACAUUCGAGACCCAAGGAAUUCUUCGGGGGACUUAUCGCCGACCAGAUGGGUCUCGGGAAGACACUCCAAAUGAUUUCCCUACUAGCAUCAGACCACGAUUCGACCAAUCCAAUGCAGUGUGUUCAUGAGCUCCCUCUGCAUAUGGCUCGGGCACCUCUACCCUGCUGUUCGCUCGUCAUAGUGCCUGCGUCGCUCCUUGAGACUUGGCAGUAUCAGCUGAAGGAACAUUUGAAAAUGGACUCCCUAAGAUGGUGUGUCUAUCACGGGAGUCGUCGGCAGAUUUCUCACGAAGGGUUUUCCAGUCAUCAUAUUGUCCUGACUACCUACAACGUUGUGGCAUCUGAAUACCGAAAGACUCUGAACGAUGGGAUAUCAAGCUCUUCAACACUUAUUUUCUCGUCAGCCUGGAGACGCGUUAUUUUGGAUGAAGCGCACUACAUCGCUAAUCUGUCCGCACUGCGCACAAAGGCUGUCUGCGCAAUCGAAGCCAGAUCGAGAUGGGCUGUCACCGGAACGCCGAUUCAAAACCGACUGAGUGACCUCGCCGCGUUGGUUCACUUUCUCCGGGUGGAGCCAUUCAACAGGCCGAGUGUGUUUGACGAACACAUCGUUCAACCAUGGAAAUCGAGGUCAGACCUCAAAGCUGUACAGAAGUUAAGAACGCUCAUUGAAUGUGUUGCAAUACGAAGAUCGAAGAACAUACUAUCUCUACCAGAUCGCACCGACCAGAUCCGUCAUAUCGAUUUUGACGGUCGAGAACGGAGCAUUUAUGAGCAGGUGCGUUUGCGGAUCCGAGACAAUGCGUUGUGCUCUGUGGCUACGCCCAAGCACUGUCAUAUUCUUCAAUGGAUUAAUGACUUGAGAGGCCUCUGCAGUCAUGGCCAGAUAGACGCGGAUUCCAUUUCCAUUGACGCUGCGAAAGAUUCUCUGAUAGACGACAACGUUGUGGCCGAAAUUGGUCUUACGACUGACCCAAGUCUGACGGAUACUCUUUCGGCUGCUGGCACUGUUGAUGCUGCCUCCUCUGAAGCCGUGACUUCCAAUUCGAUGGACGAAAGCGAAUUUGGGUUUCCCGAUGGAACUCCCGUUUGGUCUCUUGGACAAACGUGGCUACCAGGGCGUCGACAGGAUCUCCGAUGCCCUCCGUCUGAAUCACUGUCUCCUCGAACUGGGAAAAGCUCGCCUUCUGCCUCCUCGUCCGAGAUCAACGAGGAUGUCAUGAUCUGCUCCUCGAAAAUACAAUCACUGGUUUCGGAUCUCUGUGAAGACGAUGGCAAGGCUGUCGUGUUCUCUUUCUGGCGAAGGACCCUUGACCUGGUAAGCCAGUCUCUCACUGAGGCAGGACUCGCUUUCCAACGUUUCGAUGGGACGAUGUCACCCAGAGAUAGAGAGUUGAGCCUCUCCUCCUUUCGGAAGGACCCAUCGGUCAAAGUUCUGCUGGCCACCAUCUCUGCAGCCGGAGUUGGCCUCGACAUCACCGUGGCAAAUCUGGCAUGUCUCCUGGAACCACAAUGGAAUCCAUCCGUGGAGGAGCAGGCCCUCAGCAGAGUCCACCGAAUGGGGCAGACGAAGCCGGUGAAGACUAUUCGGUACGUCGUCCGGGAUUCGAUUGAAGAGAAUAUCCUAGAGUUGCAACAGAGAAAGCUACGACUGGCCCAAUUGGCUAUGAGUGGGCAGAACCGCGCCGUAGGAACCGGGUUGAUAGAAGAUCUGAAGAUUUUGCUCAAGUAGCGGUUUCCAUGAUGA